GCAACACUCGCCUCCAACUACCACUCUUUUGCCUCACAUUUCGACCUGCUCCAUGCACCUUCGCGACUGCCUUGCAGGGCUUAAGUGCCCCUUAUAGGUCAGACCUAACACUAAUCAGCCCCUCAAAUUCAAGCUGGCCCUAGAAGUCAUUGGACCCUACAUCGUACGACAUGGCUGUAACACUGAAGCGCAAACGCGGCGCUGUAUCGUACAAGGAGCCAAGCAGUGACGAUGACCUCUCUGAAAGCUCCGGUUAUGAGCAAACCACCAGAAAGCGCACCGUCCCUACCCGCCGAUCCACUCGCCGCCCGGCAGCCGACGACGAAGCCGCCAGCGAAAGCGAGCACUCUCCACCACCACAGCCCGCUUCUGUCAAGCUUCAACGGGAGUCACGAACCUCACGGAGACGAGGAGCGCCAAAGAUUUCAUACAAAGAUGUCAGCACAGACGAUGAAGACGAGGAGGAUCCCGAUGGCGACUUCGAGCUGGAAGAAGAGCAGGUCAUGACGGUGAGGACACGGCCACGACCUGUCGCGGCACCAGUAUCACGAUCUGGGAAGACUGUAGGUAUAAAGAGGAGUAGAUCGCGACGUAAGGCGACCAUAGGCGCACCAUUGAAGCCGAACAACGAGGGUCAGGUCGAGCGCAAGACGACGAUUCCCUCCGAUGGGCACAAGCCGGCCUGGGCUUCUCUGCCAUAUCACGUACUCCUCCAAAUCUUUGUUUACGCUUCCCACCCGCUUCACGACGAGAACAUGAAGCCCACCCCCGCGAUAUCAUGGCUUGUACAGAUGGCCAAGACGUGUUCAGCCUUUACAAAGCCGGCUCUGACGGCCCUAUACCGAAACCCGCCCAUAUUCGCAAUUAGGCAGACACGCAAAGACCUCGUUCAUCACCUCAUCACUCCUCCACCUGGGGCACACGAUGAUUAUCGCGUCAUGGUCAAGCGAUUAGAGCUAGAUGCGACGCAGAUGACUGCUCUGACGGAUCAUGCCAACAGCGUGACCGAUCUUGCGGCUCUGGUACGGUCACUGACCACACUGCGUGAGAUUGACAUCUUUGAUCCCAUGGAUCGGCCUCCCUUUCGCCCACGACUUAGACGACUUCGGCGCUGGGUAUAUCCUGCUGAACUCUUCGACGCUCUUCGACAAACUAGUCUGCGUUUGAGAAGCUGGCGGUGGAACAGCACGUUCUGUAGCCAAGGACCUCUAUGGAUCAAGACGAUUCAUGCCGACCAUGCUUUCCAGAGCCUUCGCGAUCUAACAUUGACUAAAUUCCAUCCUGAAGCCACUCGUGGGGAUCCUGAAGAACAUCAGGGCGAGCCAACAAUAGAGGAGCUGCUAGCAUCUGCGCUGGCUGUGCUUCCUAAUCUUAAGACUCUAUCCUUUGAGACUUGCGGCAUAGUUAGUGGGCGCCUGCUUCCUUUGCUGCCCACGAACCUCACCAGCCUCAGCAUCGUGAACUGUGGCGAGCUACUCUCCGAUGCAUUUUCGGAUUUCCUGACCACCCAUGGCUCUCAGCUUGAAGAACUGACCCUCAAUCACAACCAGGCCCUGGAUAUGUCAUUCCUAGUUGACUUGAAACGCUCUUGUCCCAAGCUUGAGGUUCUAAGGAUGGACACAACCUACUAUAGCUCUCUAGUCAUGUCUGCUGACAACGAACCUCUCUACGAGACACUUCUUGGUGAGAGCGAAAUGCCUACCUGGCCAACAACACUUCGAACCAUUGAUUUCCAGUAUCUACGCAAGUGGAAUUCAAAGUCUGCCGACAACUUCUUCAAUUCGCUCAUCAACUCCGCCGAAGAAAUGCCCUGGCUGCAGGAGAUCACCAUUAUCGCCAUGGUGGAUACCGACUGGCGCCAGAGAGCAGAGUUCCGGCAGAAGUGGAGUGCCAAGUUCAAGAAGGUCUAUGCAAGAAGGUGGGAAGCACCUGAUCCUAACCUCGCGUCUCUGAGGGCCUUCAGGGAAUGGAAGGAACGUGGUGGUGAGGAAGAGAGGGUAGACUCGUUCAUUGAGGGCAUCUCAGAAGAAACGUCAAAACCCGAACCAGUUGUUGUAGACGACGGCAGUAGUAGUGACGACGAUGCUCCACUGCUACAAUCGCGCGCUCAGAAGCAAGAUGAGCGAUGGGGUUCGAAGCGUCUCCGCUCUCGCUCAAAAGCAGCGACCAGCUACGACGAGGAGUCAAACGAAGACUCUGCCUCUGAAGAAGAUGUGUCAGAUGAAGAGGAGCCAUUCGUGCAAGGCCGGUGUCACACAGUAAUCUUCCGCAUCGAUAACUUCCGUCCUCGCGAAGAGAUCUUCAAUGAAGCUGACUUUCUUGACGCGGAACCCAGCGGCGACGAAGAGUGGAACGGUAAUGAGGAUGACGACAACGAUAACGGAGGCGGGUAUGCGUGGUAACUAAUGAGUGAUUUUUUGGUGUUUCGGGUUUCAGACGCGGAUGACGUCGUAUGCAAACAGGAGUCAGUUUGGCAUGUUUGCUCGGAUCAAGACAGGAACUAUGCAUUAGGCAGGCGUUGAUUUGGUUACUUAUUCAGAUAUCCGUGUGUUAGUAUUGGGCCUGAAUCGGGCGCGGCAGAGAGGUUGGGCUCUGGCUUUUCUUGGUCGCCAGUAGCUGUCUCAGCCACAUGUGGAAUAAGGAUGUUUUAGUCCAUGUC